ACUGCUCGCAAGGUUUUCUAAAAGAGCAUACCAUCAUAUAUCGAAAAUGUUGAAGUUUCUAGACUUCCAGAUUUUACCUUUCCUUCUAAUUGUCCUACCCCAUUUAGAAAAGAUUCAAUGUGCCACCGGUGCCGGACUUUACGUACAAUCUGGGCACAUCCCUUUUCAAGUUAUUUUAAAACAUGCUGACGACUAUUACUGUGGAGGAGUAAUCUACGAUGAGUACACUAUAAUUACAGCGGCGCAUUGCGUCAAGGACCGGCCGGUGAACGGCAUUCGUGUCUGGGCUGGGUCCGUGGUCCCCUUUCAAGGCGAAGCAAGAUCAGCAUCGGGUUACAAGCUCGCUCCGAAUUAUGUCAAAUACGGUCGAAAUGACAUUGCACUUAUUCGAUUAUCAACACCGUUUAGGUUUAACGACAAAAUUGGAUCAGUUAAAUUGGCUCCGAGUGGACUAUAUUUUUCGACAGGAACAUGUUUUUUAUCUGGAUUUGGCUAUACCUCGGCAAAUUCUGGUGCGACUAAUUUAAAAGAAGUCAUUGUCAAUAUCCGCGAUCCUUCCGUGUGCGAAAAUGAAUAUAAUUCAUUUGAUUCUUUAACCAUGGUUUGUGCUGGUGAUCUUGGGACAAAUGCUUGCAUUGGAGAUUCUGGUGGGCCUCUAAUUUGCAACGGUGUUUUAUAUGGGACUGUCAGCAUGGUGGACAGCACUGAAUGCAAGGCUACUAAUGUGCCAACCAAAUUCAUGAACAUUGCCAAGUUUCAUGAGUGGAUUGUCACGACCGCAAAUUCAUUUGGGAGUCAGAAUGAUAUUAAUUACAGAAGUUACAGCGGAAAUAACAACUACAGGACUAGCGGACACGCAGACUUCGCAGGCAAUGUUUUUAAUUAUGCUGGAUCAGGUUCCAGCUUUAGCUCUGUCGGGAUAAAUGGUGGUCAAGUUUGGGCAAGAUCAUGGGCAAGUUCAGGUUAAUGUUGGCAAUGUUACGUUUAUAUUAUAAAAUUGUAAAUUUCGAAAUUUAAAAAAAUUCUACUUAACGCCAUUGACCUUUAUUAACUGUCGGAACUCCAAAAAUGCAGCAAGUUUGCGAUCCACAAGUAGAGAUGAAUAAAAUCGUCUGAAUAUUUGAUUUGGUUUAAUUAUUAAA